AUGUCAGCUCCCCGUGUCAGUGAUGUGCCUAUGAUGGACAAACUCACCAAUCUCGAGCUCAAUCAUCUGAUUGUAGAGGAGGAAGAACCAGGCAAUUCUACCCAGCCUCUUAGUUAUUUGUUGUCGCGGAUUUUCAGGACAUUUACUAUUGAAGUCCCAGAUGCCACAGAGCUCCAGUUCCGUUAUAUGAUGAAGCCAGCCGCAGGUGGAACUGGGCACUUCCCAGAUCACAUCAUGAAACUGGCAUCGAUCAGUUACCCUAACUCAAAGAGAUUGGAGAUGGAGAAGAGGAUAGCGGGGCGAACAAGGAGUCUGAGACACCUUCUGGUUGACACCGCCAGUAGUGACACCAGCCAAAAACCACAGACGUUGGAGGAUAUCUUCUCGUCGUUCUUCAAUGCUACGUGUGGUGCUGUUGCUCAGAAGAAGCGAGCACAGAUCAUGGCAGCAAAUAGCGGAGCAGUGAUUCGUACAUGGAGUUCACGGAACUCCACGCGCCCUGUCAAGGAUGAUGAAGUAUCGCGGAAGCCUGACCUUGCAUUGUUGGACGACGUAGAGGCUCGUUGGGAUACCAUCAAAGCUGCUUGCGAAUUGACGUCACAGCCAUACACACCUUCAAGUACAAUUGGAAAAACACUCGACAGCAAGGCCUACCUUCUCUUGAGGCGCCAGCCUUGGAGGCGGUUUGUCUUACUCUUUUCCCUUAUGAACGAAUACCGUGAACUGCGAGUCCAUAUUUACGACCACGCAGGUGGUGUCGUAACGCGUCCCAUCCAUAUCGACAAGGCUCCCAAUCGUUACCUGCAUAUCCUAUCGAGCAUUGUCUUCGGUCAUCUUGAAUGUAUUGGUUAUGAUCCCUCCAUUAGUAUCUUCACCAAGACUCUUUGUCCUGCCCAGCUUGAAAACCCAAUUCUCCACCCUUCUACUAGACAACAAAUCGCACUAAAUCAAGUGCAUGGUCCCCAGAUGGACGGUGCGACCGAAGGCACUGUACCAAAUAUGGAUAUUGAUGCAUCCGAAUCUGAGUCUGACUCAGACGUGAAGACCCCACACUCAAAGCUGAACCUCCCUAUGGACCCUCCUCAGAUAGAAAUACCCGAAGACCCUCUUCGCCAACCCUUUUCAGAACCAAUCGGCAGGAUCACAGUUAACGACCAUGCAUACGACAUCCUCGAACUUAUCUUCUCUAGCCAGGGGCUCGUCGGUCGAGGCACUGUCUGUUACUUAGCCAGGAGAGACAAUGAAGAAUACAUUAUCAAGGACCAUUGGGUUCUUGGGGGUAAAGAUGCUGUGUUGAAUGAAGUCGACAUGCUGCAUGAGAUGAAAGGGGUCCAUGGCAUACCAGAACUGGUUGAAUAUUGGCUUGUCGAGGUUGUACCUGGGGAAGUCGAUAAAACUAUGAGCUAUCGAUACAAGGUUUUUGAAAGUAUCAAAGGCGCUCUUCGAGACAUUGUCAAAAUUCAACAGACAGCGGUUGAGGAGUGGGGAAUUCUUUACCGUGACUGUAGUCUCAACAACGCUAUGAUCUGGGAUGAUGGCAAUGGGGGUCAGGGAACCUUGAUCGAUUGGGAAUUCGCCGUGCAUAUUGUUGCAGGUCGAAAAUAUGCUAUCAGUGGGACGGGUACAUUGCUGUUCAUGUCUCGUUCUCUUCUAUGGCAGCUCUCAGAGGCUGUUGCUGGAAGGCAAAGCUCGCAACACAGUCCUCUGCAACGCCCCCCCCCUCUCAUACUACACCACUACCAUGAUGAUCUCGAAUCCCUUUUCUAUGUCUUUGUGUGCAUCUGCAUCGAAUUCAGGGGUCCCCUCGGAGUUAGAUGUGACCUUUCAGCUGAUAGGAGUCAAGAGUGGCUACCGCACCGAUGGUCUACCAACACGCUCCGAGACACCACCAAUGAGAAGACUUCAUUUUUUUUCCACCCAAAUGCGCAAAAGCUCAAACGACAAUUCCACCCCUACUUCACCAGUCUACUCCCGCUUGCAAAAGAUUGGUACGAGUUGAUCAGGAACAAAGGACCAUCGAGUACAGUAACUUUCCAGGAGGUCAUUGAUCUAUUGGAAAUGCACCUCGACAUGCUUCCAAAGAACGAGCCUUCCCCUGAACUUCUGUUCGCAAGGAGAGUCAUUGCAGCGCUCCUGCAAAAGAGAAACGCGAAUGAAUUGGAGGGUAAUGAUACAGAUUCACAAAUAAAUGAACGUCAUGCGACAAUAGUGCUUUUCAAGGUGCGAUGGGAGCUAGAUUUAAAACCCCAAGAAAGGAAAACGAAGCGGAAAGCUACGGAUUCCGACCUCAAAGCACCUGAAGGGCAAGAAGGUGUGGUGAAGAGAGCGUGUGCUCAGGCUGGGUCAACCACCAAUCAAGUGGAUGAGUCGCAACACCCUCGACGGUCAGGACGUCCAGGCGCUGGGAAGGGAGGUAGAGACACUCAGCUGGAGAAAAUUGGCGCCAUCUUGCAUGCCCCAACACGGACCAACCAAGCCAAGGGUAAUACAUCCCUUGAUCCGAACAUUCCUACAAAUCCUCUUGCUCCAGAACCGCCUUGA